AUGCAAGGCCAAACGAAGAUGAUAAUAUUUGGCACGGUAAUGAUUGUAUACGCAAUUCAAAAUGGAGUGCUGUCGCAAGGGCCGACUCCGUUUACCUGCUACGAGGACAUUAAGACGGUAGGGGAAAUGUUUUGCACAAUCACUGGACAGCGGGGAUUCACGAAUAUUUUCUGGAAGGACCUUGUACUCAUUUGCACGACUGCCUACUUAAACCUCAGCAUACCAUUUAACGUUACAGAGGACCAAAUAGUUGUAAGUAACUUCAAAUCAUUUUGUAUCCUGCAAGCGGUUUGUUUUCACAAGUGGUCGCGGUGGGUCCGCUUUCUUGACAACGCAGAAAACAAAGUUUAUCAUCUUCAUUAUAUCACCCAGAGCACAACAUUACAGACGGCAUUCUGUUAUAAAAGAGGGAUUCCCUUCUUGUUGGCAAAAAUCGCAAUCCGCACAACAUAA